GAAGUUGGAGAUUAGCAGUGUUUCAGUGCAUGCAGUAGUAGUCUUUGUUGUUGUAGGUGUUAAAAAUGAUUCUUCUAAACAUGGGCAUACAAGCAUAUUACAAAACAACCCAACGUAGCGAUGAAUAUGAACUGUUUUACACUAGUCACUGUGUUUGUUGUUUGGUUUUUGCACUGCAGAUCCAGAUGGGUGGCGACUGAUAACGUAUUAAAGCUUAUCAAGCAAACACACACGACAGAAGACCAACUGGCUUUAGUAUCCAAACCCUGUUUUAAUGUUUCGUCAGUGCUAAGUCAUUAUUUCCCAUUCCAUACUAACACACUCGCCUUGAACGCCACAUUACACAGCAUGUGAUGUAUAACAAAUUACAAACAACUGACUUCAUGUUUCUCCACACACAAGGGUCAAAACGUGACAUGUUUGGGUGUGUGGUGGUAGGCGUCGGCAUGGCGGGCCGGGUCAGGAUCCGAGACCUUCUCGCGCCUCUGCCGUCCAGCGCUGCGGAAAUCUUCACUCUUAAAGGCUUGGUGUCUAGGAGGCCGCUGGAGGAGCAGCAGGGAGUCCAACAGAUCCCUUUGGAGGAGGUGCUGAGCCGCAGCGACAUUCAGGUGGCCUUCUUGUGCACAGAAAACGCCAGCCAUGAAGAUUACAUCAGACGGUUUCUUGAGGCAGGGAAACACGUGUGUGUGGAGUAUCCCAUGGCCCUCAGCUACACCGCCGCCGCUGACCUGUGGGACCGGGCGCAACAGAAAGGUUUGGUCCUGCACGAGGAACACAUCGAGCUCCUGACCCCCGACUUCAAGCAGCUGAAGAAAGACAUAGCUGGGAAACAGCUGGAAGAAGGAAGCCUGCAUUUCACAGGAGGUCCACUCAAGAGCGGAUUCGGGUUCCUGUCAUUCAGCGGCAUCGCCCGCCUCACCUGGCUGGUGGAUCUUUUCGGAGAGCUCAGCGUUAAAGCGGCGUCGAUGGUCGAGGAACCGGAGAGGAAGCACACGAAGAUGACGGUCCACCUGUUAACCAAGGAUCAGAAACCCCUGACCUGGACGGAGGAGCGCGCUGAAGGCCUGAGCCGUGGCAAACGCAUCCACCUGCGCUUCAGCACCUGCACGGUGACCGAGCUGCCGGCUGGAGUCCAGGAGCCCGUGGGCAUCUUCAUGCAGGACAUGGUGCUGUUUGGGAGCAAGCUGCAGGGCACCGUGCCGCCCGAACAACUCCAGGCCGAGCGGAGUCGCAUCCUUCACUGCUUCAAGCUGGCUGAGGACAUCAGGCGACUCUGCCAGGACACGACAGCCUGAAAUUACUCACGAGAGAGGGACAGCGAGACGGCUCAGGACUUCACAACACACACACUUAGCACAGAGUUCUCUGUAUCAGGGUUUCUAUCGAUUCGCCGUUACACAAGUUGUGAAUUUAUGCACAAAUAGGCUUGGCCAAGCUGAAAAAGUUGCAGUAUUAAUAAUAAAAAAAAAAAAAUAGAUUGCUUUCAAUAAUGACGUGGUCUCUGGAUGGUUGCAUCUCAAACAUAGCGCAAGUGAAAUUGUUUAUUUUUAAUACAGACUAUUUGAUAGCUACGUUUUCCCGUAGCUCUGAUACAAAAUUAAAGAUGAAACUUUAAAAACAGUA